UGCAUGGUUAUUGCAACACACCAGUGUCUAGCUACACCCGUCUGUGGGUGACGCAAGGAGGAGUGUGCGGGACGCCGGGCGUCAUCACGUCAAAGCAAAAGGGAAAAGAUCCGAACAGGAACGGCAGAGGCCGAUAUCAGGAAGGUAACCAUGGCGAUGACGGGCCAGAGUUCCUUCUCCUCGAUGAGUAACCACACGAAGGAGCGAGUGACCAUGGCCAAGGUGACCCUGGAGAACUUCUACAGCAACCUCAUCGCCCAGCACGAGGAGCGCGAGAUGAGGCAGCAGAAGCUAGAGAAGGUGAUGGAUCAGGAGGGGCUGGCAGAUGAGGAGAAGCGGGUGCGGCGCUCCCAGCACGCUCUGAAGGAGACGGAGUUCCUGCGUCUGAAGAGGACGCGGCUCGGCCUGGACGACUUCGAGUCCCUGAAGGUCAUCGGGAGGGGAGCCUUCGGAGAGGUGCGGCUGGUGCAGAAGAAGGACACGGGGCACGUGUACGCCAUGAAGAUCCUGCGCAAGGCCGACAUGCUGGAGAAGGAGCAGGUGGGCCACAUCCGGGCAGAGAGGGAUAUCCUGGUGGAAGCUGACAGUCUUUGGGUGGUGAAGAUGUACUACAGCUUCCAGGACAAGAUGAACCUCUACCUCAUCAUGGAGUUCCUGCCUGGGGGGGACAUGAUGACUCUGCUGAUGAAGAAGGACACGCUCAGUGAGGAAGCGACACAGUUCUACAUGGCGGAGACGGUGCUGGCCAUCGACUCCAUACACCAGCUGGGCUUCAUACACAGAGACAUCAAGCCUGACAACCUGCUGCUGGACUCCAGGGGUCACGUUAAGCUGUCUGAUUUUGGGCUCUGCACUGGCCUGAAGAAGGCCCACAGGACCGAGUUCUACAGAAACCUCAACCACAGCCUGCCCAGCGACUUCACGUUCCAGAACAUGAACUCCAAAAGGAAAGCUGAAACCUGGAAGAGAAACAGACGGCAGCUGGCCUUCUCCACGGUCGGCACGCCGGACUACAUCGCCCCAGAGGUCUUCAUGCAGAACGGAUACAACAAGCUCUGCGAUUGGUGGAGCCUGGGGGUCAUCAUGUACGAGAUGCUGAUUGGCUACCCCCCGUUCUGCUCGGAGACGCCCCAGGAGACCUACAGGAAGGUGAUGAACUGGAGGGAGACGCUGAUCUUCCCGCCCGAGGUGCCCAUCUCCGAACGAGCCAAAGACCUCAUCCUCAGGUUCUGCUGCGAGUCGGAUCACCGUAUCGGGGCUUCAAGCGUGGAGGAGAUCAAGACUAACCUCUUCUUCCACGGGGUGGACUACAACCACAUCAGGGAAAGGCCAGCCGCCAUCCCCAUCGAGAUCAAGAGCAUCGACGACACGUCCAACUUCGACGAGUUCCCAGAGUCGGAUAUUCUCCAACCCACAGCCUCUGUGGUCACCAACCACUCUGAGGCAGACCUGAAGAACAAGGACUGGGUCUUCAUCAACUACACCUACAAGCGCUUCGAGGGCCUGACGGCCCGAGGGGCCAUCCCCUCCUACAUGAAGAGCGGGAAGAGGUAGAGCCAGGGCUCUGCAGGGCUGUGGAGAACAUCGCUCUGGCCUCCUCGUCCUCCUCAUCCUCCUGAUCCUCCUCAUCCUCCUCAUCCUCCUCAUCCUCCUCGUCCUGCUCGGGGCUCAAAGUGCUGCUGUUCCCCUGCAGCAUGAAGCGCCCCAGGCUCCUCUCCUCCUGUCCCGGGCCCCUCCCCUCUCACCCGGGCCCCUCCCCUUCCACCCCAGCUCCUCCCCUUCUCCCAGACUUUUCCCCUCCUCCCCUGAAAGCCUAAUUUCUGCACCCAGAUGUCUUCACUCGGAAAGCCACACCCGAGUGACUCAGAACUUUCCGGUCCCCAGUUCCAGAUUUCUGGAACGUUCCACCCCGACCCCAGUCCGCAGGGUUCUGCUGUCUUCUCACACAAGGACCAGGACGCUACGACUGCAGUUUAAUUUAUUGUAUAUAUAUCUAUAUUUGUAUUCUUUCUGCAGACCACCAAAGAGCCGGUGGAGAGGUGUGGGUGUAGGGCCCCGGAACCCAUCCCAACUCCACCCACACACACCAGCCCCCCCUCCACCCACACACACCAGCCCCCCCUCCACCCACACACACCAGCCCCCCCUCCGCACACACACACCAGCCC